GGCACGGUUGGCUGAGCCCGGCUUCAGUGGUGGUUAUUGUUCUGCUUGCGCGGGAGAUAAGGUGUGAUUUUACUACGUUCCAAGGUAUUCAUUCUUUGAGUGACAACCAACCACCGUUGUGCCUUUUUACAAGACCUACUCCGGCGUAGCUCGUACACUCAGAUCCAGUUCCUGCACACAGUCCUCCAGCCUUCUUUACACAGGGACUUCAUGUACACCGUCCGCUCCAGGUUCCCGGACUUAGAGUUCACUCCCGUCAGCACUCACGUCACCCGAGAACUCAAGGACAAGUUAUCUCGCUUGCGGCUGGACAAUUUUCACAGAGUCGGCAGCGCUUACAUUCAACAAGACAAAGACAUUGAAAACGUCAAAUUACCGCUGUUGCCACAAGAGACAAGCAGAUCUACUAACAGCCUACAAAAUGCCAUUGGUUCUUGGACUAGCCAAGAUCGUCUCAACCACCGGAAAGAAGUCCAAGGUCACAAAGACGCGUAUACCAAGGACAAAGAUAGGUGGAUAAGUAACGGAAAGGAGGAAGGCGAAAAGUCGGUCAUACAAGACGCUGUCUCCAGGUUUGUUGAGAUGCCCGUAAGACGUCAUGUGCAGGAUGAGCAGAGUAAACAGGACGCCAUGACUGCCGCACGAAAACCUGAAACACGUGGAUACAAAUCCCUGCACUCUAGUCGGUCGUCGUUUGAAUGUCGAGGUUCUAAACGUAAAAGUAAAUCAGACCAGUCCAGUAUAGGACCUCAUAGUAUGGAGGCUGAGGGUACAGCUCAGAUCUUGACGUGGUUUACAGAUGAGUGGAACGAGCGUGCGCCUGUGGAGCCGUGAUACCGGGCUGCUGCAGAAAGUGAUCUGGGUGAGCCCGACCACCUCUAUAAUGUCAGUGAGUUACAGCCACGGCUACAUCGCUUGUUGCUACGACGGCACUGUCUGUCUGUACAGAGGCGGGAAACUCGUGCAGACGUUCAAGGAGCAUCGGAAACGAGUUGAAACAGUGAGUUUGAAGAUCACUGACGCCAACAAAUGCGAGGGGUCCAUUAUCAGCGCCGGAAAAGACGGGUUGAUCAAAUACUGGGACACAAAUAAGGAGGCGAGUGUCCAAACGUUCCAGGGCCACCACAACGCGGUCAACUGUGUCUACGUGGACGAGCUGCGGAUCGCCAGCGCCUCUUACGACAACAAGAUACGGGUGUGGGAUUUCAACAUGGGCAUGCCUCCACCUGUAUCAGAGGAUGUCGAAGAGGAAGAGGAGAGAGGAAGCCCAAAAGAGGAAGAGUGAGGGGGAAGAAGGGACGGAGCAUUAAACAUGAAGAUAGAGGUGAAGGAGGGGGAGGAUGAGGGGGAGGGGGAGAGCUCAAAAGAUGAGGAGGGAGAAGAAGGAGGAAUGGAGCCUAAAAGACUAAAAAUUCUGAGAAAGUGAAGGCCCGAUCUGUGUCCAUGCAUUUGUCUGUGAUAAACUUGCUCAUCUGAAAUAUUUUGCGUAUACAUGUACUAUUAUUAUUACAAGCCUAUUUAUUAUAAUUGAUGAUAUACAGUACCAAAACAGUA